AUGCUUUCGUCGUCGUCACUCUCUGACGACUCGUAUGGCUCUCGGAAGACCGGCGAGCUGCGCAGCGCAGCACGUGGACGGGCGCCUGCGGCGGCGCCUUCGGACGGCCGAGGGGAUGGUGGCGGGGGGGAUGGCGAUGACGAGGUGCAGCGGCCUGCGGCGUACAGCCCUGGGCCCAAGGGGGGCAGUACAGGUGUGCGGAUGUGCGUGCUUGGAGUGUCGGGGCUGGUGGUGGUGCUGGGCAUGGUGCUGGUGGCCCUGGCCUCUGUCCGCAAGCACGGCUCAUCGCCGUAUCCCAGCUAUCCUCAUCAAGAGGUAGCUGCGGCGGAGCGGUUGCCGCGGGUGGCUGAGCCCAUUGACUACUCGCUCUUUAUUCGGGUCGGCCUGCCGUCUCCGUUUCCGUACUUUUCCGGGAGCGUGGUCAUCGACACGGUGAUCAAGUCGCCGACGUCGAUGCUCUUCCUCCACGCCGGCGAGAACCUGGUGGUGGGCAAGGCCGAGUGGCGACCGGAGGGCAUGGCUGCAGGGCUUCCCGGGUGGGAGCUUGGCAUCGAGACGGAUGCGCAGAUGACCGAGGUCAUGCUGGAUCUUGGCGGGCGGCUGCUGACACGUGGUGCGCGUGGUAAGCUUGUGGUGACCUUUUCGGCGGCGCUGCGCGACUCGCCGCUCCGCGGGCUGUAUCUGGCAGAGGUGGACGAGGGCGAGUACAUGGCGGUGACGCAGUUUGAGCCGACGGAUGCGCGGCGAAUGUUCCCGUGCUUUGACGAGCCUGAGUACAAGGCGAUUUUUAGCAUUGCCGUCUCGCACCACUCGAGCCUCACGGCGCUGUCGAACGCGCCGGCGAGCACGGUCUCGCCAGACACGUCGGACGAGGUUGCCGACAGUAACUACGUGGUUACGCGGUUUGAGCGGACGCCACGGAUGUCAUCGUAUCUUGUGGCGAUCGCGGUGGGCGAGCUGGCGUCGCUCUCGGGAGUGACGUCGACCGGAGUGGAGGUUAAGGCGUACGCGCCUCCGGCGCUGGUGGACCAAGCGCAGUUUGCGCUCGAUGUGGCGGUCGACGUGCUUGCGUACUACGAGCAGUUCUUUGGCCAGGCCUACCCUCUGCGCAAGCUCGACCUGCUUGCGGUUCCGUCGUUUGCGGCGGGCGCGAUGGAGAACUGGGGUCUGGUGACGUACAGAUACUCUGCGAUGCUGGUGACGCCCGAGGCGUCUGCGGCGGCGCACUACCGAGUGGCGCUUGUGGUGGCGCACGAGCUCGCGCACCAGUGGUUCGGCAACCUUGUGACCAUGGAGUGGUUCAACGACCUGUGGCUCAACGAGGGCUUCGCCUCGUACGUGCAGUAUGUGGGGAUGAACGCGGCGUUCCCGGCAUGGAAGGUAUGGGACGUCUUUCCGCGCGACGAGACGCUCGGCGCCAUGCUCGAGGACGCGUCGCCACACACGCACCCUCUAGCGGUGCCGGCAUCGAUGUCUGUCAACGAAAUCAACUCGCUCUUUGACUCUGUCUCGUACGGCAAGGGUGCGUCGGUCAUCCGGCUCCUUGUCGAUUACUUUCAGCGGUCACCGGAGAUCUCCAACACCGCGUUUUCGGACGGGCUUAACGCAUACCUCUCCAAGCAUGCGUACGGGUCAGCGACGACGCGGGACCUGUGGGAGUCGAUGUCCGAGGCGUCGACGCUUGACAUUGUGCAGCUGAUGGAUGCGUGGACGCAUGCGCCGGGCUUUCCGGUCGUCAACAUCGACGCUUCGGCGUGCGCGACCGCGACCGGGACAAGCUGCAACGUCUUGGUCCAGCAAGAGCGGUUCCUCUCGACACGGGCGGUCAACUCUGCCCAGCAAAUUGCAGUGGCAGCCGCAUCGACUGACACGGUGUGGACCAUUCCGAUGGCGCUGCAGGCCGGAUCUGCGGCGGAUGGUGCUGAGAGCUUUGCCGUUCUCCGCCAGGCCGGGCCCGAGGAGGUGUACGUGACGCUGCCGGCGAGCGGGGCGACGCCAGUUGUGGUCGGCAAUCUCGGGCGUGGCGGCUACUACAUUGUCAACUACACAGCGACCGGGUGGGAGGCACUGACGGCGAUGCUUGAGGCCGACAGCAGCGCGCUGUCUGUGCUCGACAAGGCCGGGGCGGUGCACGACGCCUUUACGCUCGCGCGCGAUGUCCAGCUCCACCCAUUUAUUCCGCUCAACCUUGUGCGGCGGGCGUUUAGAGGCGCGGACAGCUCGUUCCCGCUGUGGGACGUUGUGCUCACGAUGCUGCACCUGACGAACGCGCGGGUGGAGUCUGCGGGCGAGGCGACGCUUCGUGGGUUUGUGACAGAUGUGCUCAACGCGACGAUGUACGAAGUGGUGGCACCACUCUCGCGGAACGGAGUCAUCUCGUACCUGGCGAGCGACAACCCGCACGGGGUAGCUGCAGACGGGCGUGACAGCGAAGAGCUGCGUGCGCUGGUCUUGCGGGUGGCGCUUGACGCCGGACACCACGACGCAGUGGCGGCGGCCAACAUAGGUUACGCGGCGUUCCUCGCGAACGAGACUGGUAACGCGCUCGAUCCAGCGCUCCGUGGGGCGGUGUUCCACCAUGUGGUGGCGACUGGCGGAACGGCCGACGACCCAGCGGAGAAGCGCGAUGCGCUGUACGCGCUGGCGGCGGCGUCGAGUCCGGUGGACCUCGACCGGACGCUGGCAGACAUGGUGGACGCGAGCAAGAUCCCGUCGCAGGAGUUCCCGCGGAUGAUGGUGUACGUGUCGCGCAACACGCCGGCUGGCGGGCGGAUGAAGGCGUAUGAGUUUUUCAAGGCCCACUUUACCGACAUCAUCAUGGCGCGGUACGGCGACGGCGGGUUCGGCCUCGACACAAUUAUCGAGGGAGUUGUGGGCGGCUUUGACACGGACUCGGUUCUCGGCGACGUCCGCGACUUUUUCACCGAUAACCCCGUGAUCCACGCGCAGGGCUCGGUCGACCGGGCCAUCGACUCGAUUCUAGUCAACAACGUGUGGCGGCGGGCGCACGCACCGCUGGUCAUCGAGUGGCUGCGGGAGCAUCGGUACAUGAUGUAG